CCCUUCACUCUCCCUCCCUACCUCCCUUUUACUUUCAGUUCUACACAAAACCAUAAGCCAUUUUUUUCCAACUCUAAUCUCUAGAUAUAUAUAUGGCUGACUAAUCAUCACCAUUAACCUUAUUACAUGUUGUUAUUGGUUUCUCAAUAGAUUCAAGCUGUCAUAUUACUACUAGUAGUGGUACUACAACUAUUCACCCCCCAAACCCAUCUUUCUUCUUCUUCAUUAGUUUUCUUCUCUCUGUCUUUCAUUUUUCAUACCCAUGCUGCUUCCUUUUCUUCUUCUUCUUCUCCUUAAUAAAUUUGAUGGCUUUGAAUAAAUCUUCGUGUUUGUUAUUAGUGACGCUGCUUCUUUGGUUGUCGAUUAUUAUGUUCUGCAUUCAUGGAUGGAGAUAUAGUAAGAACGCUAGUAAUAAGAACAUAAUAACAUCUCUCUCUUUACAUAAUGAUCAUCGAAGUUUCGUGAUCGUAAACAGAAAAAUGUUAUCGUCGUCUUCGUCCAUACCAUCAACAAGUAGUAGCGGUACUACUACAUUCGACUUCACUCCAUUCUAUAGACAUCAUCACCACAAACACCAUGGGCACCAUCACCACCGCCACUACUACUACAACCCUGAGCCACCACCACCAGGAGGAGGUACUAACAACGGUCAUGAAAUUGAUCCACGUUAUGGAGUUGAGAAGCGGUUAGUUCCCACGGGUCCAAACCCAUUACACCAUUAAAAUUGAUCUAUCGAUCGAUGAUAAUUGGUCGGUCACAUAGAGGUUCUUUAAUUCUUAUAUUUUUCAUAUUGUCUGUUGGUAAAUAUACUUAUUAUUAUUAUGUUGUCAUAUUACGAUAUAUAUCCUUUUCUUUGAGCAAGAACAAAAAAAAAAACGA